AACAAAUUGAGUUGCGAUUACUUAGUAUCAAUGUUUUGUGUUUAACGUCGCGACGAACUCAUACGUAAGUAAAAUGUAUCGCUCAUUUUCGAUGUUAUUUGUAUUGGCCACCAUUGUAGACAACUCAGUAUCGGAGUAUAAACCAUCUAAAAAAUGCGGUGAUCCAUUAAUUCUAACCCCAUUGAUAAAAAAAGGAGAAAUCAACUUAGCCAGAGAAAAAUCAUACGUGAAACCUCUGCUUCCCAACAUCUUCAGCCACUCCGGAUUUUUAACGGUAAACGAAAGUACAAAUUCCAAUUUAUUCUUUUGGUUUUUUAAACAAUCGAGUUCAGAAUGGUCAUCACGUCCAGUAAUACUCUGGUUACAAGGAGGUCCAGGAUGCAGUUCUCUUUUCGGACUUUUUACUGAAAAUGGUCCUUUUCAAGUGAAAAAAGGUAAAUUGGUGGAAAACAAGUAUUCGUGGACCAAGUUCUAUAAUGUACUGUACAUCGAUAAUCCCAUCGGUGCAGGGUUCAGCUUCACCAAUGAUUAUUACGUCACAACUGAACAAGAAGUUGGUCAACAUUUAUUUGACGCAUUAACUCAGUUUUUCACAAUGUUUCCAGAACUUCGUAAAAAUAAGUUCAUCAUAUCAGGAGAAUCAUACGCUGGUAAAUACCUUCCAGCUUUAGGGUACGCAAUAUACAAAGGGAACCCAAAAGCUUCACAUCCGAUAAACUUACAAGGUAUUUUCCUCGGAAAUGGGUGGACUGAUCCGGAGAAUAUGCAGGAAUACGCUACACAUUUGCAUAGGCUCGGAUUAAUCGACCGCAGACAGAAAUUAAUUGUGCAACAGUACGAAGAAGAUGCUAGAAUACUAAUUCGGAACGGCCGAUGGGGCAGUGCUAACAAUGCUUCUGAUAAAGUUCUACAAUAUGUUGAACAUUUCACAAACUUUUCUCAUUUGUAUGAUUACACUCGAGAGAACUUUGACGGAGGCGAUUCUUAUUUGGAUAUCAUAAAGAAUGAUGAAUUCAGAAAAGCUAUUCACGUUGGACAAACAGAAUAUGACGACGUGUCUGAGCAAGCUUUUCUACACCUAGGAGAUGAUGAGACACAAAGUGUCAAGCCACAGAUUGAAGAAUUAUUAGAAGCAUAUCCAAUAAUGUUUUACAGUGGUCAGUUGGAUAUUAUUGUAGCACAUUAUUUGACCUCUAAUUUCAUCAACCAGUUGCAUUGGAGUGGAGCUGAUGGAUACAGUGAAGCCAAAAGAAACAUGUGGUACGUCAACGAUCAUUUAGCCGGCUAUUACAAGACUUUUGGUAACUUGAAAGAAGCUUUGAUCCGUAAUGCUGGGCAUAUGGUUUCUGCAAGACGUCCUCUGUUCUUAUUAGAUUUACUGGGUAAAUUCGUCGAGGGUGAAAUUUGAUUGUGGCGAGUACACUCAGAAAGAAUCAGAUAAUGUUUUGAUAAUUGUGUGAUUUUCUUGUGUGAUUAGUUACCUACUUAGUUGCUUAUUUUGUUAAUAAAGUUGUAGAAAUUUCAUAAAUAAAAGUCAUCAGUCAUCAGA